CUCCAGCGGACCCGGUCCCUCCUUCUUUCCCAUCAUGGCUCCUGCGGCGGACAGGCUCGGUUACUGGGGAAGACCGACCUCAACGCUGGACUGGUGCGAAGAGAAUUAUGUCGUCUCGUUUUACAUCGCCGAGUUCUGGAACACCGUCAGUAACCUGAUUAUGAUCCUCCCUCCCAUUUAUGGAGCCCUGCAGACGUUUAAAAGUGGACUUGAAGUCCGUUAUAUGUGGUCAUUUUUAGGACUUGCAGCUGUUGGCAUUGGUUCUUGGUGCUUCCACAUGACACUGCAGUACGAAAUGCAGUUGCUAGAUGAGUUGCCGAUGAUCUACAGUUGCUGUGUCUUCGUUUACUGUUUAUAUGAGUGCUUCAAGCAAGAAAAUGCCAUUAACUACUUCCCAAUCGCACUUCUCCUUUUCUUCAGUAUUAUUGUUAGUGUGGUGUACUUGCUGUGGAAGGAGCCAGUGUUUCAUCAGGUCAUGUAUGGCGUGCUGGUGGGUUGCUUAGUGAUCCGGUCCGUUUUCAUAGUCACAUGGGUGUAUCCAUGGCUGAGAGCACUCUGUUACACGUCGUUAAGCAUCUUCCUGUUAGGAUUCAUUUUAUGGAACAUUGAUAAUAUGUUCUGUGACUCUUUAAGAGCCACGAGGCAGAGGCUGCCGCCUGUAAUCGGAGCAGUUACCCAGCUGCACGCCUGGUGGCAUAUUCUAACAGGCCUCGGCUCUUACCUGCACAUUCUUCUCAGCCUCCAGAUUCGCUCAACCUACCUCAAGUAUAGACCUAAAGUAAAGUUUCUAUGUGGCGUUUGGCCCGUCCUACACAUCGAGUCUCAGAAGACGAGUUGAAAGGGCGAGAAGGGGAUGAUGAUGGCAGCCAAUCGCAGAACCUUGGACACACUACAAGGUCCAGCCUGUCGCCUCCAGCGCAACCAGGAAGUGACCAGCAGCUGGACGUUUGGUCCUCCCAUCCCCAUAUUUCCCGUGCUUCGGUUUACCAAGUGUAGUUUGGAGAGAGUUUCCCUGCAGUGGAGGGAGGGUCUGUUUUCGUUUGUUUAUUCCAGAGUAGAUCAGAUCAUCGUGCUAGACAUGUAAGGAGAUGGCACACUAUUUGUUAUGCACUCAGUAGGCCUACAUUAACAGCCCUUAUGAGGGACUCAAUAGGGUUUUGAAUAUGGUCAAAUUGCCGUUUUGGUGGAUGAUUUUAAUUUCCUCUGUGUAGGCGUAGUAAACGUUGCAUUAAAUAUAUAUUAGCUAAUCACAUCUACUCAUUUUCAGCCUUGAUUGCUUUUUAAAUCAUUAACAUAUUUCAGCAGCACUACAUCCUCAGUAUGUACAGUAUGUAAAAUAUUGUAUGUCACAAAGAUCAUCAGUGAUUUUUGCUUUUUGGCUUAGAAAUCUUUCGCGCUAGCUUUUUAGGAUCAAAAAGAGCAAUGUAAUCAGAAUCAAAGGGACGAAAUCGACUGUAUUGAAAUUGUUGACUGAAAUUUCAUGUUUUAGACGAAGCUGACAAAGAUGGUAUUAGCCUUUUUUUCUCGUGAUGCGAAGGAUUGAGUGAAUGCAGUUCUGUUGUAGAAUGUUACAGAAUAUUACUGUAAAUUCCACAAGCCACUUCGGUGGUUUCCUUUGAAUAUCUAAGGCCUUUCCUUUCAUUUUAACAUAUACGAUGUCUUUGUGUGUCUAAUAUGCAAUAACCAGCAUUGAUUGCUUUAUUUUAUUUAUUUAUGAACAAUGAAGAAAUGUUGAAGUUAGUUCUCACGUGGCAAGGAAGUAUUUAGUGAAGGACUUAGUCAGUGUUGGUUAAGAGAUCCAGAUUGUCUUAUGCUUCAGCAUGGCCAGUGGUGAUGAAGGCUACCCUUGCAUUGGUCUUGUGUGGCCAGAUGUGAUCUUGUAACGAGAAUGCAUGUCUGAGAGCAACUUUUUGGUGCUGGAUUGUGCCGAAAAUACACAAAAAAACAAGGGAAUGUGCCCUGAAACCCA